AGUGUUAGUCUCAGUCUCAGUCGCAAUCGCAGUCUCACUCGUUCCGCUGUCGCCUGAAAUCGCAGCGGCUUUAGGCUGUAUCGUAUCUGAUCGAUCCGGUCCGGCAUGGGAAGUUUUCCAGCUCUACUUGUUGUUGUCGGCUCGCUGGCAUUGGGCGCGAAUGCUCAACUCCCCCUCAAUUGCGUGUCGAAAUUUCCGACUGGCCGGAUCACCGGUCACUGCAUUUCGAUCCGCGACUGUGACUUCUUCAUGCGGAUCCUGGUCUCCAGCAAUCUGACCCAGAGUGAUCGCAAUCUGCUUCGCGAGAAUCAGUGCGGGGUCCGGGGCACCGACGUCCAGGUUUGCUGCCCCAGCACCGCUGGUUUGGGGGCCUUCCGCCACCCACUGCUGCCCACGGAUUGCGGAUCGGUGCGAUGGCAGCGUUCGAAUGACUCGGAAACGCGGAUCAGGGAGUUUCCCUGGCUGGCCCUUAUCGAGUACACCAAGGGCAAUCAGGAGAAGAUCCACGCCUGUGGGGGCGUGCUUAUCAGCGAUCGCUAUGUGCUGACUGCUGCCCACUGUGUGGCUCAGGCGGCGACCAGCAAUCUGCGGAUUACAGCGGUUCGCCUGGGAGAAUGGGACACCAGCUCGAAUCCGGAUUGCCAGUUCCACCAGGACACCCAGAAGGCGGAUUGUGCCCCACCGUAUCAGGACAUUGCCGUGGAGGAGUUGCUGCCACAUCCGCAGUACAGCCGAACCGAUCGGAGCCAGAUCAACGACAUUGCCCUCGUCCGGUUGGCCAGUCCUGCGAAACUGAACGACUUCGUGGUGCCCAUUUGCCUGCCCAACAAACAGCUGCGAGCGGAUGAACUGGAGGGUCUGAUCACCGAGGUGGCAGGAUGGCAGGCCCAAUCCUCGCCGCGCAUGCGCAAAAGCUCUGUGACCAUCAGCUCCAUCGAGGAGUGCCAGCGGAAGUACGCCGGCCAGCAGCUGAGCAUCCAGGCCUCCCAGCUCUGCGGGCUGACCAACUCCAAGGAGUGCCACGGCAACGCCGGCGGACCACUGAUGCUCUUCAAAAACGAUGCCUAUCUAUUGGGCGGACUGGUGUCCUUCGGACCCGUACCCUGCCCCAAUCCCGACUGGCCGGAUGUCUACACACGGGUGGCAUCCUACAUCGAUUGGAUUCACGACAGCCUGAGGGCAUGAAACAGGUCUUUUUGGCCCAAAUAUCAGUUAAGGUUUGGUGCCAAUAAAACAAAUUGUUAUACAAAACUUAAUUCGGUAACAUUUUUAGAUAACUCUUUAAUAAAGUUUGAAACACAUUUCCACAA